ACCACCUUUCCACCACCACCACCCUCCACCUCCAUCUCCUCGGCCGAAAAACUUAGAUCCAGAGAAACUGCCACGCAGAAUCAUCAGAGACUCGCGUAGAGCCAAAGUAGAAGUGAUUCAGCUCAGCUGCAACUGCAAAAGGAGAUCAGAGCACUAGUGGAGGAGCACACAUGGCGGCACUUGUCACUCCCGGUCCCGGAGGUUGUUCCACUGUGUCCGAGCUGGUCGGGCAGGGCCGGGACUCGGCCGCCGUUCUCGAGGCCCUGCUCCGGGGCGCGUCGUCCCCGGACCACGCCGGGAUCCGGGAGCUCGCCGCGGAGAUCCUCCGCUGCUGCGACCGCGCGCUCGCCGCGCUCCACGGCGGCGACGGCGCCGUGGUCGACGUUGCCGGCGGCAGGAAGCGCAAGCCGGGACCCGGCGGCCCAGACAACCAGACGAGGCCGAAACGAAGGAUGCGCGCGAGCAGCGGAGAGAAGGCGGCGAGAGUCGAGAGGAGGCGGACGGCGGAGGACGGGCUCAUAUGGAGGAAGUACGGCCAGAAGGAGAUCCACAACAGCACGCACCCGAGGCUCUACUUCAGGUGCACCUACAAACACGACAGCGGCUGCCCGGCGACGAGGCAGGUGCAGCAGUCGGAGGACGACCCCUCCCUAUACGUCAUCACUUACUUCGGCGACCACACCUGCUGCCAAGGCGACGCCGCUGGCGCCGGCCUGGAUGGCGACGACGUCAAGAUGCAGCCGUUCGUCAUCAACUUUGGGUCGGCCACCCCUAGCGGCGGUUCGCCGUGGCUCUCGUCGUCCAACAACACCAACGAUGGCCGAAGGAGCGAGAGCGGGACCUCACACUCGUCGCAGGCCGUGUGCUCGCCGGAGGAGUUUGGAGUGAAAGAGGCCAAAGUCGAGUCAACAUCUGAGUCAGGCUCGCAGCCGGCGGAUCCGGCUGCGGCGGCGGACCUGAGUUCGUCGGCCGACUUCUCUUGUGCUUCACCGGCAUGGGACCCUCUCUCCGGCUGCUUGGGCUGGGAGCACUUCGGCGACAGUCCGUUCGAUUGCGAUACCGAGUUCAUGGAUUUUGACGCCAUUCCUCUGUUCCAAUAGCUGGUGUUCUGCUCUCUCGGCGCAGAUGUAGUUUUGUGAAGGGUACGUGUUUCUGUAGUUGUUGCAGGAGCCGGAGAUGAACAAUCGUAGUGUGAGCGUACAAUCAUUUGUAGUGCAUCUGAGCUUUGCUGAUUGCUAAUCUACACCGUCCAAAGAGCAUAUUCCAUAA